CCCACCAAGUCCAACAAGCAACAACGUCUCUCAUUUCCAUCGACGACAUCGCGGCCGAACCAGUCCAUGAAAGUCCGGGUUAUCGGCCCCCUUGAACGUCACUCCAGAUGGCGGCGCUGCUCCGGAAGGUCUGGCAAUCGGUCUCGAGCCGAGCCGAGCCGACCCGGAACACGCCGGAGCCGGAAGCGGCAUACGGCCAGUCGUCCACUGGGGAAUUUGAUCGACUACCCGUGGACAUAUUCACACAAAUAUUGAAACUGCUCGGGCCGAAAGAGGCGGCGAGGCUGGUCGCUGUUUGCAAGUCGUGGAAAUUGAUCGUCUCCAAGAAUCGGCUGUGGAUAUACUUCCUUCAGAACCAGGAGGAGCCGUGGGACUCGAUCUUCUUUGCGGAGACGCACUUGCGAUUGGGCCAUCCUCUUCAAGCUCUUCCGAAUCAAAUAUCUCAGUUGUCAUUCAUGGAAAUCUAUGGUCAACGGGCACAAGUCCCUGGCUCUAUUAUUAUUGAUGGUGGGUCAGGUUAUUGCAAGUUUGGUUGGAGCAAAUAUGCUCGUCCCUCUGGUCAAUGUGCAACUUUUGUGGAAUUUGGUAACAUCGAAUCCCCAGCAUACUCUAGGGUUCGACAUUUUUUUUCAACAAUUUAUAGCAGGAUGCAUUUGAAAACAACCACACAGCCAGUUGUUGUGUCCCUUCCAAUUUGCCAUUAUGAUGAUACUGAAUCUGCUAAAGCAUUAAGAAGACAACUAAAAGAAAUCUUCUACUCAGUUCUGCUUGACAUGAAUGUCCCAGCUGUUUGUGCUAUCAACCAAGCAACUUUAGCUUUGUAUGCGGCAAGACGAACUUCAGGAAUUGUUGUUAACAUUGGGUUCAACCAGACCUCUGUUGUUCCAAUUUUACAUGGUAAAGUCAUGCGAAAGGUGGGUGUUGAAGUUUUGGGUGUGGGAGCAUUGAAACUUACAACAUUCCUUAGGGAUCUGAUGCAGCAGAAGAAUAUACAUUUUGAGUCUAUUUACACUGUGCGCUCAUUGAAAGAGAACCUAUGUUAUAUUGCUCUUGAUUAUGAAGCUGAGCUAUCCAAAGAUACACAAGCAUCAUUUGAAGUUGCACCAGAAGGUUGGUUUACUCUUUCAAAAGAACGAUUUCAAACAGGGGAGAUACUAUUUCAGCCACAUAUUGCAGGAGUACGUGCAUUGGGUUUGCAACGGGCAGUGGCAAUAUGCAUUAACCGUUGCCAAGCUGCAGAAUUGACUGGUGAUGACACUUGGUUCAAGACUGUAGUUUUGACUGGAGGGUCUGCUUGUUUACCGGGACUAGCAGGAAGGUUAGAGAAGGAACUCAGCAGACUUCUUCCUCAUUCGGUAUCCUCUGGAAUAAGAGUGAUUUCUGCUCCCUAUGGUGUAGAUUCUGCAUGGUUCGGAGCAAAGCUCAUCAGUAAUCUUUUUCUCAAUCCACAAGUGAUGGUCUGCUGCAACAUCUUAGAAUGUGAGCUGGUUAAGCUAGUGUCAUGCAAUAUUUAAUUCGAAAGAAUGUUGAGCACUUUCCCCGGUCGCUGGUGCAUCGCAAAGAAACAGUUCCGACAUACAUCCAGGCGAAACCUCAUAUGGUGAAGACUGUCAAACCAGUUUGCACCGGCAAUGUUCGAUAAUUUACCCCGUUUGCCAACAUAAAACUCAACUUGUAAAAUCUGAGGUGAAUAUAAUAUAAUAAUUGGAAUAAUGAAUCUACUUGGUUCUUUGAACUGUAAAUGUCCUUUCUACAGAAAUAUUUCAUAGAUACUGUAUUUCAAUGUAUUGAGAAUAUCAAAGAUCAAACUGGCCCUCAAAAACCUAAUGUAAUCACAAACCAGUUUCCAGCGAGUGUUCUUGUUGUGCUUGGAAGAAUGAAAAUGCUAGUGUUUUGGAAGUGUAAAUUGUGAAGAUGUUGACCAUGAA